AUGGCUGGCUUCCUCAGAGGCGGCGGAUCCGGUGGUGCUGGCUAUGGCAGGAUCAGUGGUGGCGCAGGAGGCAAUAAUCCAUAUGGUGACGGAGGUUCGGAUCCGUACCGAGAUGGACGCAACCCAUACAAUUCUUCGACCGCAUCGGGUGGGCGGCCGGCUGCUGCAGGUUACGGUGGAGGAGGAGCAGGAUUCACCGGUGGUGCUGGCUUCGGUGGUGGUGGUGGUGGAGGAGGAGGAGCUGGUUUUUCAGGUAGCGGAGCAGGUCGUGCACCCUCUGGCGCAGGCUUCCGCAGUGGAGGCGCAGGCUUUGCCGGUGGUGCAGGUGGAGCUGGUUAUAGCUCAGAGAAGGCCAGCUCUCAGCGUGCACCCAGUGGUGGUCAUCUCAUCGUCAAGUGUCCCGACCAGCUCACUCAUUCCAACUGCAUCAUCGUCAAUGGCCAAGAAUGGGGCUCGACACAAUACGUGCUUGUCGAUGGCAUGUACGUCUUCACUGCCAAGGCCGAUACCACAGGACAAAUCGAGCCCGGUACCCUCGGUACAGCUCUACUGCAACGCAAGUGGGCAGGUCUUUCUGUUCAGGGUCAGGUGGUGCAGGCCGAGAGCUAUGAUCCAUUCGCCUUUGGCAACAGCGUUUACCUCGGCAGCAUCGAUAUCGAGGUGGCUUAUUUCCGCAAGGGUGAAACCGCACCUCAAGCUUAUGACACCGAGGAAAUGGCCAAGACUUUCACACGCGCAUUCGAGAACCACAUCUUUACGGUUGGCCAGAGACUCGUCCUUGAAUUCAAGGGCAUGUUGAUGGUGGCUACCAUCACGGGCGUUGAGGUGGUCGAACUGCAUGAGAUCCAAGAACGUGGAAGGAAUGCACCGACUGACAAUCACGGUGGUUCUCGCCCAAGUCGUUCCGAUCGAGGUAUUUUGAUCGCUCAGACCCAAGUCAACUUCUCCGCUGCUCAGGAUGGCGGUGUCAAACUCAAGGCUUCCGGCAACCGUCCUCCUCCCAAUGCGAUCUUGCAGCCCAACUUCAAGUUCGAAGAUAUGGGCGUCGGUGGUCUUGACAAAGAAUUCGCCAACAUUUUUCGUCGUGCUUUCGCUUCACGUAUCUUCCCUCCUGCGUUGGUGGAAAAGCUCGGUAUUCAGCACGUCAAAGGUAUGGUACUCUACGGUCCUCCUGGUACGGGUAAGACGUUGCUAGCUCGUCAAAUCGGAAAGAUGCUCAAUGCGCGUGAGCCGAAAAUCGUCAACGGUCCCGAAGUGUUCAACAAAUAUGUCGGUGGAAGUGAAGAGAAUGUUCGCAAGCUUUUCGCUGACGCGGAGGCGGAGCAGAAGGCCAAGGGUGACGAGUCGCAGUUACACAUUAUUAUUUUGGAUGAGCUCGAUGCGAUGGUUAGGCAGCGUGGUUCGGGUGGUGCUGGUGCUACUUCGGCUGGCGACAAUGUGGUCAACACUUUGCUUGCGAAGCUCGAUGGUGUCGAGCAGCUCAACAAUAUUCUCGUGAUUGGUAUGACCAACAGGCUCGACAUGAUUGAUGAGGCGCUGUUGCGUCCUGGUCGUCUCGAGGUGCAUGUUGAGGUCAGCUUGCCGGACGAGUUUGGUCGUCGACAGAUUCUCAACAUUCACACCAACAAGAUGAAGAGCAAUGGUGUCAUGGAUAGCGAUGUCAACAUCAACGAGCUUGCUGCUCUCACCAAGAACUUCUCGGGUGCCGAAAUCGCCGGUCUGAUCAAGUCGGCCACUUCGUUCGCCUUCAACCGUCACGUCAAGGUUGGAACGAUGGCUGGUAUUUCGAACGAUGUGGAGGACAUGAAGGUUUCGCACCAGGACUUCUUGAAUGCGCUCGAGGAAGUCAAGCCCGCUUUCGGUGUUGCUGAAGAAGAGCUUUCGCAGGUGGUUCAAAACGGUAUUAUGCAUUUCGCUCCUCACAUUGAUGUCAUUCUUCGCGAUGGUCAUCUUCGUGUCGAGCAAGUGCGCACUUCGACGCGCACCCCGCUCGUCACCGUUCUCCUACACGGUCCUCCAGGUUCAGGCAAGACCGCUCUCGCAGCCACCAUAGCUAUCGCCUCCGACUAUCCGUUCAUCAAACUUAUCUCGCCCGAAAGCAUGAUCGGCAUGGGCGACGCACAAAGAAUCAAUUACCUCAACAAAGUCUUUAACGACGCUUACAAAUCUCCACUUUCGAUCAUCGUCAUUGACAACAUCGAGAAGAUUGUCGAAUGGGUUCGUAUCGGUCCUCGAUUCUCCAACUCUGUCCUCCAAGCCCUUGCGGUGUUGUUGGGUAAACGUCCACCCAAAGACAAGCGAUUGUUGGUGUUGGCUACGACGUCGAACAGGAGAAUGCUGCAUGAGAUGGAGAUGUUGAAUGCGUUCAUUGCUGAAAUCCGCGUUCCUAGCAUCACCUCGCUAAGGAGUGUCGAUCAUGUGGUCAGACAGAUGCAGUUGUUCGAGGAUGAAAACGACGCACAGAGAUGUUUGCAGCUCUUGGCUCAAGCAGGGUUGGGCGAGGAGGGCAAGUUGAAUAUUGGGAUUAAGAUGUUGUUGUCCGAGAUAGAGAUGGCUAGGUUGGAUAACGAUCCGGCGGAUAGAUUGGCUUCGAGUUUGUCGAGUGUUCAGAAUACGGCGAUCGAUGUUGAUAUUGAUGUUGAGCUCAACUAG